AACAAAACAAUACGCAGUCGUUCUGAUCAGCUUAUUUUUUUCUCUAAUUUCCUCGCCACUCUGCUCUACACUUGCAGUGUAUUAUCCAUAAUCGUUAUCUAUCAGAAGCGGAAAGAAUAAGAGGUUGCAGCAACAAUGGCAGCUAUGGCUGCACUUCAGAGCUCCAUGACCUCUCUCUCUCUCUCCUCUAACUCUUUCUUAGGGCAGCGUCUCUCUCCCAUCACUCUCUGCCCUGUUCUUCCAGGUAAGUCAACAGAGAAGCAACGUCCUAUUGUAAUGAAGCUUAAAAGAUGGGAACGAAAGAAAUGUAAACCAAACAGCCUUCCUAUCUUGCACAAAAUGCAUGUUAAAGUUGGAGAUACAGUGAAAAUCAUAUCUGGACAUGAAAAGGGUAAAGUUGGGGAGAUUACUAAAGUCUUCAAGCAUAACAGCACUGUUGUAGUGAAAGAUAUGAAUUUGAAGACAAAGCAUAUGAAGAGUCGAGAAGAGGGGGAACCCGGGCAAAUUAUUAAGAUUGAAGGUCCUAUCCACAGCUCAAAUGUGAUGCUCUACUCCAAAGAUCAAAAUGUAGCGAGUCGCGUGGGUCAUAAAGUCCUUGAUAAUGGUAAAAGAGUCCGCUACCUUAUAAAAACUGGAGAAAUAAUUGAUAGUACAGAGAAUUGGAAGAAAGUGAAGGAAACUACUAAGAAAACUGAAGAAGCUGCUGCUGCUGCCUAAUUUUACUGGUGUGAUUCAUUCAUUCACUAGUAGUGUAACUCUAGCUGUACUUGUUGUGGUCUCUUUUACAUUUUGUUAUCUAAUGUAUAUUUAGUCUUCUGUUGAUCUCCACAUAUUAAACCUUAGUGAUCAAAUUUGUUUUUCUAUUGGUUGUUGAUUUUGAGAAAUUGACUUUUUUGAAGAGAAAUUGUUCAUCUAAGUGACGAAAUGGAUGUCCUUUUUGUGUAAAUGGCUUUGCUCAAUUCAAUCUGGAUUGCUUCUUUUUGCAAUAUAGAAUGAAAUAGAAAGCAAGAUAAUGUAAUAAACUGUUUUGUGCUGGAAUGAAUAAAUAUUAGGUGCAUUUCU